AACGGCAUCAUGGCCGGGGAUGGGCUUCGUAGCCGGGGCUGGCGACGGCAUCGGUCUCGGCAUCGGCCAGAGCAGCUUCCCGGAGCGCCGGCGGCGCGCCCUGCUCGGUGCUAGCCAUGGCAAAUGGCAGCGGCGGUGGAGGCGGCGGAGGCGGCGGCGGCGGCGGCGGCGGCUCCAGCAGCUUACUCGGGCGGCGGCGGCGGCGGUGGCGGGGCGGCGGCAGCGGCAACAUUAGGAUGAGCAGCCCCGUCGGCGGCACCCUCAACACGGCCUCGUCGUCGGCGCCCGCCCGGGCGUCCAACGCUCUCAUCAUCCCCAUCACCAUGGAAGUGCCCUGCGACAGCGGGCAGCGCAUGUGGUGGGCCUUCCUGGCUUCCUCCAUGGUCACCUUCUUCGGGGGUCUCUUUAUCAUCCUGCUCUGGAGGACCCUCAAGUACCUGUGGACCGUCUGCUGCCACUGCGGGGGCAAGGAGAAGGAGGUCCAGAAGAUCACUGGCAGUGGGGAGACGCAGGCAGAUGGGGAUUUGAAAGGCACAGAUGAAAAAGAGGAAGUUGUGGCACUAGAAGUGGGCUGGAUGACCUCUGUUAAAGACUGGGCAGGGGUGAUGAUUUCAGCCCAGACUUUAACCGGCAGAGUUCUUGUCGUCUUAGUUUUUGCUCUUAGUAUUGGUGCUCUUGUAAUAUACUUCAUAGAUUCGUCAAAUCCAAUAGAAUCUUGCCAGAAUUUCUACAAAGAUUUCACAUUACAAAUAGACAUGGCUUUCAAUGUGUUCUUCCUGCUCUACUUUGGCUUGCGGUUCAUAGCAGCCAACGACAAACUAUGGUUUUGGCUGGAAGUAAACUCUGUAGUUGAUUUUUUCACCGUUCCUCCCGUGUUUGUUUCUGUGUAUUUAAAUAGAAGUUGGCUAGGUUUAAGAUUUUUGCGAGCUCUUAGGCUGAUUCAGUUCUCAGAAAUCUUACAGUUUCUGAACAUUCUUAAAACAAGUAAUUCCAUCAAGUUAGUGAAUCUGUGCUCGAUAUUUAUUAGCACAUGGCUGACAGCAGCUGGAUUUAUACAUUUGGUGGAGAACUCAGGGGAUCCAUGGGAAAACUUCCAAAAUAACCAACCACUUACAUAUUGGGAAUGUGUUUAUUUGCUAAUGGUUACUAUGUCCACCGUUGGCUAUGGAGAUGUUUAUGCAAAAACUACCCUUGGUCGUCUUUUCAUGGUUUUCUUCAUCCUCGGGGGAUUGGCCAUGUUUGCCAGUUACGUCCCUGAAAUCAUAGAGUUAAUAGGAAACCGCAAGAAAUAUGGUGGUUCCUAUAGUGCGGUUAGUGGAAGAAAGCACAUUGUUGUCUGUGGCCACAUCACUUUGGAAAGUGUGUCCAAUUUCUUGAAGGACUUCCUACACAAGGACAGGGAUGAUGUCAACGUAGAAAUUGUCUUUCUGCAUAAUAUCUCCCCUAACCUUGAGUUGGAAGCUCUUUUUAAACGGCACUUCACUCAGGUGGAAUUUUUUCAGGGUUCAGUUCUCAAUCCGCACGACUUGGCUAGAGUAAAGAUAGAGUCAGCACAUGCUUGCUUGAUCCUUGCCAACAAAUACUGCGCAGAUCCAGAUGCUGAAGAUGCUUCUAAUAUCAUGAGAGUAAUUUCUAUAAAGAACUACCAUCCAAAAAUAAGAAUAAUCACUCAGAUGCUGCAGUAUCACAAUAAGGCCCAUCUGCUCAAUAUUCCAAGCUGGAAUUGGAAAGAAGGCGAUGACGCCAUAUGCCUUGCUGAACUAAAGCUGGGGUUUAUUGCCCAAAGCUGCCUGGCACCAGGCCUAUCGACUAUGUUGGCAAACCUCUUCUCCAUGAGAUCAUUUAUAAAGAUCGAAGAGGACACUUGGCAGAAGUACUACUUGGAAGGAGUAUCUAAUGAAAUGUACACGGAGUAUCUUUCUAGUGCCUUUGUUGGUCUGUCAUUCCCUGCUGUUUGUGAACUGGUCUUUGCGAAGCUAAAGCUUUUAAUGAUAGCCAUAGAAUACAAGUCGGAGAAACGGGAAAGCAGAAGUCGAAAGCGUAUAUUGAUCAACCCUGGAAACCAUGUGAAAAUUCAAGAGGGUACGCUAGGAUUCUUCAUUGCGAGCGACGCCAAAGAAGUGAAAAGGGCCUACUUUUAUUGCAAGGCGUGUCACGAUGACAUCACAGACCCCAAAAGGAUUAAAAAAUGUGGCUGCAAACGACCCAAGAUGCCCAUCUGCAAGAGGCUCAAACUGGCAUGUUGUUUUGAUUGCGGCUACUCCGAGCGCGACUGCUCUUGCAUGUCAGGCCGUGCGCGUAGUAACAUGGACAUCCUUGAGACAGCCUUCCCACUUUCUUCUGUCUCUGUUAAUGGUUGCUCCACCAGUUUACGUGCCUUUGAAGACGAACAGCUGACGACGUUGUCACCCAAAAGGAAGCAACGGAACGGAGGCAUGAGGAAUUCGCCCAACUCUUCGCCCAAACUGAUAAGACACGAUCCUUUAUUAAUUCCUGGCAACGAACAAGUUGACAACAUGGAUUGCAACGUGAAAAAAUAUGACUCCACAGGAAUGUUUCAUUGGUGUCCACCAAAGGAGAUUGACAAGGUUAUUUUGACCCGAAGUGAAGCUGCCAUGACCGUCCUCAGCGGCCACGUGGUGGUUUGUAUAUUUGGAGAUAUGACGUCGGCGCUGAUAGGACUGAGAAAUUUUGUGAUGCCACUCCGAGCAAGCAAUUUCCACUACCACGAGCUCAAACACAUCGUCUUUGUGGGCUCCCUGGAAUAUUUAAGGAGGGAAUGGGAGACCAUGCAUAACUUCCCCAAGGUCUCCAUUUUACCAGGUACACCAUUAAGCCGAGCUGAUUUAAGAGCUGUCAACAUCAACCUCUGUGACAUGUGCGUCAUCCUGUCAGCCAAUCAGAAUAAUAUUGAUGACACUUCGCUGCAGGACAAGGAAUGCAUCUUGGCGUCACUCAACAUCAAAUCUAUGCAGUUUGAUGACAGCAUUGGGGUCUUGCAGGCUAAUUCCCAAGGGAUAGAAUCGGGAUCACAUUGUCAUCGAAAACUCCAAUCAAAGAAACAAAAGACAGCAACACAAAACCACAAUUCUUACUGGUUUUCACCACCUGGAAUGGACAGGUCAUCGCCUGACAAGAGUCCAGUGCAUGGCCUUCUCCGUCAGCCCUCCAUUACAACGGGGAUCGAUAUCCCUAUUAUUACGGAGUUAGUAAACGAUUCUAAUGUUCAGUUCCUGGAUCAAGACGACGAUGACGAUCCUGACACAGAACUCUAUCUCACCCAGCCUUUCGCCUGUGGAACGGCCUUCGCGGUUAGCGUCCUGGAUUCCCUCAUGAGUGCGACGUACUUCAACGACAAUAUUCUCACCCUGAUACGGACUUUGGUGACGGGAGGGGCCACGCCAGAACUGGAGUCCCUGAUUGCUGAAGAGAAUGCACUCCGGGGCGGCUACAGCACCCCCCAGACACUGACCAAUAGGGACAGGUGCCGGGUGGCUCAGCUGGCCUUGUUGGAUGGACCUUUUGCAGACCUUGGGGAUGGUGGUUGUUAUGGAGAUCUAUUUUGUAAAGCUUUGAAAACUUACAAUAUGCUCUGCUUCGGGAUAUAUCGAUUAAGAGAUUUCAACUCAAGCACGCCUCAAUGCACGAAACGUUUUGUUAUAGCCAACCCACCUUAUGAUUUCGAGCUGGUGCCGACGGACUGGAUCUUCUGCUUGAUGCAGUACGACCACAACGCCGGCCAGUCUCGGGCGAGUCUCUCUCACUCUUCCCACUCUUCUUAUGCAUCUAGCAAGAAAAGCUCUUCGGUCCAUUCUCUGCCAGCUACGGCGAAUCGACAGAACCGCCCAAAGUCCAGAGACUCCCGGGAAAAGCAGAAUGCCACAAGGAUGAAUAGGAUGGGUCAAGCAGAAAAGAAAUGGUUUACAGAUGAAUCGGAAAACGCCUACCCCAGAAACAUUCAAAUCAAGCCCAUGACCACCCACGUGGCCAAUCAUAUCAAUCAAUAUAAAUCUACAAGCAGCUUGAUUCCACCAAUCAGAGAAGUCGAAGAUGAAUGUUGACUCCCAGGACAGGACAAUGUGUGUGUUUUUUUAAUAAAAAAUAAUAAUAAAAAAGAGAGAGAGAGAAAAAAGGACCUGACGGACUUCAUGAAUGGUGAUAUAACAUUUAUUCCUCUUUCAUGCUGAACCUUUGGUGGGAAAAGUGAACAAAAAUCAAGGGUUUGCCGGAAAGUACAGUAGACAGAUUUUUUUUGUUUGUCUGCCUUUAAUAUUUGCUUCCAUGUAUUUUGGAAACUAUUUCAUUUAUAUAUGAACAUAAUAAAAACAGUCAUGUAUAGUC